AUGUCUUUAGCUCAUGACCAGACAACAGUUAACCUGAUAUCUGCCCGCGUUCGGGCGGCGCUGUCCUCCUUGCGCACUCUGACCACCAUCCCAGAAUCUGUGUGGCUGCCGUGGGCCAAAGAGCACCUGGACGAAGAAUAUUUCGAAGCAAGUUGGUCAAUAUACCGCGGCAUCCGCUGUACCCGUCUUCUCCGGAGCCUCCAGCGUGCUCUGGAGGACACUAAUUUUGAUUGGCAGUCCAUUGGGAGUGGGGAUCCCCGGGUUGCAGCCGCGUUUAAGGAUGAUACUGGGUGUAGUGAUGGUGAAGGAGAGAGGGAGGAGGUUGACUGUGGGGAAAAUAAGUGGUGGAUGACUCCACCCGGAGUUGCGAAUCCAUCCGCGGACACCGUCCAUCGGGACACACCACCGGCACCGGCACCGGCAAGUCUGACGGGUGACCAUUCAGUGGCAUCCGAGCGUAAUUCUCCAGGGGGGGUGGUAUCGAUGGGUGUCGGCAUGGAAUCUGCUGACGUUGCUGAUACCCAGAGGCAAACCGAACAAACAGAAGACAUACGUUUCCUGAAGCCGCAGUUACGUAGGAAGAACCAGUUGCGUAGGAAGAAAGUUGCUGCGAAGUCCGCCUCGAUUCUCAAGAACCCUGAUGAAAAGGCGGGGACUCUUGAGGGCCUCUCCAUGCGGAAGAGAGUGAGGGCCGACGAUGAGGGCGAGUUACAAGACGCCAUCGGCGGGAUUUCUGAUGGAGCCAUGGGCCUUAGUAGGCAGAUGGAAACACAGCUGACGGAGGUUAAUCUACCAGUACAGCGGCGGGGUCACAAGAGAAGAGCGUGUGUCAGGUCUGUGCCCACCGUCGAAGACUCUGAAGAAGAGCCCGUGUCAGACAAGGCCACCCAGAAGGGCAAGAGGCCUAGGUUUGAGAAAGAAGGCGACGCUCAAGUGGCAGCAGAGACCAAGAUAUGCAAAAACUGUCGGGCCGCAGGAGUGGAACAAAAAUGCGACCGUUCUUCGAACCGAGCAUGCACGUAUUGCAGGCUCAAGAAGCAAAAAUGCAUCGUGCCAGGAGAACCGCAGCUCUAUAUCACCGUAGGCAGAAAAAAGAAGGGCUACACUCUCCCAUCUCCCUUCAUCUCCAACCUGGGUUCGCCGAGGGUAACACCGGUUGCUUCCGGCGCUGGGCGGGAACUGUCUGCGACUUCUUCGAAGUCAGUGUCUGAUGAUAUCUAUGCCUUCGGCAAACCGAAUGGGCCAUCCGAGUCCUACAGCCCUCUCCCCGGUGGGGCUGACCCAGACAUAGCUCGCAUUUGGCGGGAGGUCAUCCGAACUCGGGAAGAUGUGGUAGCACUGAGAGAAUCUGUCAAUGGGCUCGUGCGAGAUGUCAUCAUGCUACAGAAACAGCUUAAUUCUCAAGAUUGA